AUGGCAUCUACCCAGAAGCCUGUAGCCUUUCAGGUGGCCAAGACAAAUAAAACUGGGGCCAAAGUAGCAGUUGCAGCACAUAGAGGAACUGAUGUUCCUAGCUCCACUCAACGGGGACAUGGGUACGUUGUUGCUUCAAGCCAGCAAACUACUGCUGUCUCCAUGAGUCCUUCUCUCCAGCGAAGAACAGAAGCUGCAUUUCCCACCACUUCCCAUUCAUCAUCAUACUAUCCUCGAUCUCUGUCACUAGGAUCAGGGCCUGGCCUCUCUACAGCAUCUGCUGCAAAGGGGACUGAGACCCAAUCAAGAACAGAGGCACCUCGCCAAUCCUCUCCUCAUCGAAAGAGCCAGCCAUCUCAGAUGUCAGCUUUCCAUGCCAUUAACACACAUCGGAAUGUUAGUCCAGUCAGAGAGGAAGCAACACGAAAAAGUAGUGAGAACAAGCCAGGGCGUGAGGUUAGCCAUCGGGUCUCAUUUCCAGAUGCCAAAUCUUCCCGUCGCUUGAGUUUUAUAGAUGAGAAGGAUAGCUUGCAUUUACAAAACUUACAAGAAGAAGACCCACCCUCCAAGAUCCAGAACCCCCAGGGGGUCAGAGUUCCUCGUAGGGUUUCAGUUCACCCAAAGGAUGAAGCAGUACAAACAGAUCCCAUCCCAAGAACUUCAACUACUAGUGAGGUCAAAUCUUCAACGAAUCCCUCUAACUCAGAGUACAAUAGCAACAGAGUCUCUGCAGACCAUCGGACAGUCCAUAGACGGAUCCCUGGCCAAGAGUCAGAAGCAGGUCCUCAUAGUUCAGUUCCUUCAGAACCCAAGCCCUGGACUAGAAAUAUGAAAUUGGCCACAGCUCUCAAACUCUCUGUCCUUAAAGAUUUAGAUACUGGGCACCAAGUUCCUGCGUGUUCAGAGCCUGAGUCUCUCCACAAACAUUCUGUCUAUAGUGAGACCAAGCCCUUCUCAAAGGUCUUAAUGUCAGAGACGGAGUCUAACAUGAAGUCCCAAGUACGAGACAGCGAGGGUGGCCGCAGAGUCACUAUCUCCACAGCAGGACAGUCAGCUCAGCGUGUGACAACUAGAACAGUGCCUGAGGGCCCCAACAAAUCACUCACAAACUUAGAACCCUCCCAAAAACCCUCCAUCCAUGCAGAACUAGAACUGACCCCUCGGCCUUUACCCCCUCGGUCCUUACCUAGGUAUGGGCCUGACUGCUCAUGGUGGGCUUUACUGAAUCCUGAAGUUGAAAUGCCCCAAAGCCGGCCAACAACACCUGAUUUUGAGCUUAAGUCUCCUCCUCCCCUCGACCCUGUACUGUCCUUUUAUGAAGUAGACACAAACCCUUUCUAUGAGGACCUGAUUUUCCAGAGAGAGAAGGCAAGCACACCACCAUCACCAAAGGAGUCUCCAUGCCAGGAAGCAUUGAAAGAAGUGCCACAGGAUGCCAAGCAUAUCAACAAACAACUCAUUCAAGGGUUUAAUGCUUUCUUCCUGGAUGUCUCUGAGGAAAUGCAAAAUCGAAUCAUCUGGUGGCUAAAAGGUCUGUGUUUUUCCCUCCUGUGUGUCCAUUGUAGAGAGUUAGGGUUGGGAGGACAGAACCUUCUCAAGUCCCUACCCUUUGACCUUGGGACAUAUUUAAUGGCUGCUGCCCAGUGGUAG